AUGUCCUUGAAUAACAUAUUUAAGUAAAAACAAUUAGAUAGAAUAAAAGAAUAAUAAUUAAACAAGUAUAAGAUUAUAAAGAUUAUAUAGAGAAGAGAAAGAAAAAAAAUUAGAAUAAAUUAGAAAAAUUAAGUCAGUUUAAUUCAAAGCAAGAUAAGAAAAUCGAGUUGAAGUGUUUGAAGAAAAUAAACUUAAUAAAUUAAGAGAAACCUUGAAAGAUGGGAGUUAUCCAAUACUACCAAUUACAAAACAUUCAUUUAGAGAUCGUUAUAAAGAUAAGGAGUUAGAUGGAAAUAUAAUUUUGAGAAGGUACAUAAUAAUUUAUAUAUUAGUUAAUUAUCAGGGAAAGAGAGAGCUAGAUAAACAAUGUUAGAUUUUAAAUAAGGACAUUUAAGACCUGGUGAAUUUAAUAAGGAUGAACCACAUAAAAACCAUUAUAAAUGGUUAAAAGUGGAUGAUCAUAGUUAAUAAGGAAGACCAAUAAGAUUUGGAAAGGGAGAAAGAGUAGAAACAGAAAGAGUAAAACGUAUUGUGGAGAGUAGUAACUAAAAGAUUGAUUAUGUGGUAAUAUGUUUCAUAUACAGAAAAAAGACUUGAUGAUGUUAACUAAUCCUUCAUGGAAGUAAAAUGAUAAAUUUAAAUGGAUGGAUAACAAUACAUUUAAUAUUUAUAAUAAAAAGAAUUUUGAUCCAAGUUCAUGGGAUUAAUUCCCUCUAAGUUACAAAAAUUAAAGUAAUGUGUAUGUGGAAGGAUUUGAAGUAUUAGGAGAUCCUUAAAGAAAAAGAUAUAAAGAGUAGGAAGUAAUAUUAUAUUUAUAUUAAUUUAAUAGCAUUAAAGAACAGAGUAUAUACCUACUGUAAAAUAAGAUUAAAUUGGUACAACUCUACACAUUUCAAGAUCUAUAAGAACAUUUAAAGCUGAUUAAUUAAUUAAUGAAUAACCUAAUUUUGAUUAAUUCUCUUAGAAUGCUAAACUUAAACAUUAUAAAUCUGCUUUAAUUGAUACAAAAAGUAUUGAUCAUUUAGUACCAUAUUAACAUAGUAAUAAGUAUUAUUAUAUUUUAUUCUAAUUUAGUUUUAAAUCUUUAGAUUUUAAAAAUUUAAGACCUGAAUUAAAAACUAAAAUAUUUCGCAAUUCUAUGACUACUUCUACUAAGGCAUAAACUUAGAAUUGUAAUUAAACACCUUUAAAAACUACAUAAACUAAAUUUGAAACUGAAUAAGCAACUACUGCUGAUUAUAUGCAAUCAUAAUUAUCAAAAAUAUAAGAAGUUUCAUAAAAUUUAAUUGCUUCAGAUUAAAAAAUUUAAGUUAAUCAAAAAACCUUAGAGAGUGAAAAUUCGAAAUCCAAAACUUAAUUUAAUAAAUAACAAUCCUUAGACAAUCUUAUUAAACUUAAGUACCCUUAUCAUUAAGAGAAUGAUGAAUCUACAAAGAAAAUCAUCCAUGAAUAUUUUAAAUGGUAAUGA